CAUACUCUUUGGUAUUAAAUGGUGGUUCGCAAAAUAUUCUUUACCUAACGAAAGUAAAAAAAUAUUUUGGUGGGUUUAUGAAUCUACUAAAUACGCAAAAUUCAAUUAAUAUGGAAAUUACUCGCACUACCCUUGGAAUCGCAGUCGGUAUAGCCGGGACACUAUUUCUAGGCUAUUGUGUAUACUUCGAUCAACAGAGACGUAAGGAUCCUCUGUUCAAAAAGAAGUUGAGGGAACGACGUCAAAAGGCACAGAAGAAUGCAUCAAGGUCCAGCACUCUAGGUGGCCCACUGCCCGAUAUGAAUGAUCAUGAAGCGAUGCAGAGAUUCUUCUUGCAGCAGAUUCAGCUCGGUGAAGAGUUACUGGCUGCAGGUGAUUUAGAAGCCGGUGUUGAGCAUCUCGGACAAGCUGUUACAGUUUGCGGACAGACACAGCAAUUGUUGAGUGUACUGCAACAAACGAUGCCAGCUCCGAUCUUCCAUAUGCUUCUGAAGAAGCUUCCAGAAGUUUCUGAGCGUCUCCGUGCUUCGAUGAAAGCCAGCAGUUCGUUGCAUGAGGAUGAUGUGGAGUAAAUCGCACUGUCAGAAGUUAGCUGACACUUGAAAGCAAUUUUGACUUCUUUACUUGGCCUAUAAAUUAAAUUUGGUUUCACUUAAUUGAAAAUUGAAGUUUAUUCUUUAACUAAUAUAUUUUCAGUCAACUCCAAAUUAAAACAAACUUACCACUUUGUUUUUUUAUAUGGUUUUAUACUGAUUUUGUUAAUAUUUUUAUUUAAUCUGUACUGAAGUGUAUUGCCAGCAAUAAAUUUAAAGUUGUAGCAGAUAAUAUAUUUUUUAAAGGCCAUUUUUUUGUAUAUUCUGAUUGAAUGCAAACUAAAUAUAGGCAUGGAGAAGUAAAUUUGUUCUUUAUCGUGUAGUUUUUUUAGGUUAGUUACGAAAUUGGCUGUCAGCGUUAGGCUAUAACCAAAUAAAAAUCUGAUUUGGAUUAUACAAAAAUGCUUUUAUUUUGUUGUUUUAAAAGUAAAUUUUUAUUUUACUUUUGACGAGAUUAAAGGAAAUGUUUCUUUUUUUUUAUUAAAACAGUUUUUUUCGUUUGCCGCCAAAUAGUUUUCUAACCAUAGACAAUGAGUGUAAGUCUCGAAUGUUCGGAGAAAUGUUCAAAGGGAUGUUUUAAGUAGUUUUGUUAAUGUUAUUUAGGUGUUUGUUCCGGUAUGAUGGAAUGCUUGUUUCGAUUAAUUUUUAUUGUGAAAUAAAAGUAUUGAAUUACUA